CGGGGGGGGGAGAGAGAGGGGAGCUGUCAGCGUGGCCAGCAGCUUUGGUUUAAUGCAGCCCAACUACUGCAGCUGUUGCCCUUCUCACUGCUGAUAGCCUUGCAGAUCAGGGGUGAAAGGAGACAACUGUAGUAGGAGGGCAUUAGAGGCAUCUCUUGAGAGUUGGGAUUGGUGGUAAGAUUGCUUAAAGGAGUAGGACUACUCUGAUGUGACCCCUACAUUGCCUGUCGGUGGUACACUGGGAGGUGUUGUUGGCUUGUGGCAGCAGCCAGGUUCCAAGCGGUGGGUCCACUCCUAUUAAAAGGUUGAUGACUGUGGCCGUGUGGGGGUGAAUAACGAAAAGUCUCUCCCUGGGGCUGUCCUGCCACACCUUGAAGUGAUGGAAGAACAAGAAGUUAAUUUCCCAACUGUUGCCCCAGGAUUCCUUUUACCAGAGACCCCCAAGGAUUGACAGGGCCCCUCAUCCGAUUUGGUAUCAGUGGAUUCUUCCUCCGUGGGACCUUCUCUCUGCCUGAGAAUCAAUCUGUAGGAUUACAUCUGAGAAAUGGAGAGCAACAUUUAUCAUGUUUAUGAAAAUGAAAUUCAAUCUUUGGAAGAAGAAAUUGAAACAUUAGCUCAGGAGUAUGAAAACAAUCAACUGGAAUCUACACUUUAUUCUGAUGAGAAGAUACUAAUGCCAGUAAAGCCAUUCCAAAGAGAAUCUCAUGAGGAAUAUGAAGAGCCUGAAUUUUCACCAGACCUGAAAGCUUGGUUUAACAGUUUAGAAUCUGAUCUCUCCUUUUUAAUGAAAUUUACUGGCAUUUGCCCUGCAAAUUGCUCCAGGAAAACACUAGAAAAAACUGGAAAUAAAACUAUUCAGAACUACAGAUUGUCAGGCAAUUGCCACUCACUACCUUUUGACCUGGAAUUUCAACUUCUUGAGAUACAGAGUGAAGAAGGUAUAUCUGCUGCUGUUACUGACCUCAGCAUUAUAACGGAAUCUGAUGAAAAUUGUGAUAUAAGCAAAAUUAUGUCCAGGGCUGAAGAAGAAGGAAACCUUUUGCUUUUUUUCAGAGCCUUUUCCAACUUUGCUCAGUGGUGUAAACAUCGUAAAUGCACCUUCCUACAUUUCAAGGCCAAAUAUCCUGAUAUUGUAACACUUCCUGAAGGACCAACAGGAGAUUACAUGAUUAUAAAGAACCCUGAGCUUUCUGGGUUUGAAUUAAUGAUCAUUUGGAAGAUAGCUGUGAAUGAAGAAGGAACAGCAAUACCUGUCCUGGAUCUUCUGCCUAAAAUACCAGCACACAAUAUACAGCACAAAGCAGCAGCCGCAGCUGAAAAUGCACCUGGCUGUUUCAGAAUUAUGCUGCGUUUGCUUGGGAUUGAGGCCUCCAUUGACAGUGUGGUCAAAUCAUUUGCUAUGGAAACGGAGUAAUUUAUAACAGUAGCCAUGUGAAUUAUACCGUCUAUAAUUUUUAUUGAAUAUAAACAUUAAGUUAUUUUCCAUUUAGAAACCAUACCCAUAAAACAUGCUAUCUGUACAAUUAUGGCACAUUCUAUAUAAAUUGUCAUGAUGUGAAAAAUAAAUACAGCCAUUUAAAUACAAAAUGCCAAAUAAAAUAGUUACAUGUACAGAGUGAAUUUCAUUAUAAAAUUUAACUCUCUGAAUCAGUAAUGUACCGGGGGGGGGCGUCCUUAACAUUUUCUAGGUAUCUGGAAAGUGUUACAAGAACAUAUGCUGUCAAAUUCAAGUCCAUAAAAAGUGGAAGUUUCAUUUCACAGCUCUAUACAAGUACAGUGAUCUUAACAGCUGCUUACAGAUAUUAAAAAACAAACACACAGAUAUUACCAGAAGUAGCAGCGUGAUAGUUCAACCCAAUUCCACAGCAUCUGUAAAGGUCGGGCGCUUCAGCAGGGCUUUUUGCCACUUUCAUCUAAAGCCAGUUCAAUCAGCUAUUAGAUAAAAGCACCAAAAAGGCCCACUAAAGCACCCAAUCCAUAGACAUUGGGUGGGCCAGGUCGAAUUAACAUGAUUCCUCUUCUGGGUGUGCGCUGGGUUUGGUGUGGGAGCACACUGAGUUUAAAAGUAAAGCGCCAUUUGGGAGGGGGUAUUGUUUUAUUUUGUUUUUAUAAUGUCUGUAAGCAGCCUCAUGGCUCAAAAAAAAAAGUAACAUUAAAAGAAAAAUAAAGUUCCUCAAGUAUUCCUGUUACUAAAUGUAGGUAAAGUGAUCAUCAUAGCCAAUUAAAAAAAAGUUAGUUUGUAAAGAAAAGCACAAAAAAAUCCAAUUGCAUGAAAUAAUUUUGCUUCCUUUUCCAUAAUUUGUGGGUGCAGAAUAGAACCCCAUUCUCACAAAUCAUUAAUUGGAGCAAAAAAAGAAAACCCAUGGCAAACAACUGAAAGCUUACACAUUUUUUAAUUCAAAGGGAUAGCUUACUACUGGCAAUAGUGCUUAACCUUGCUUUGUACAGCUAAUUUAAUAAUUCUGGUAAACAAGUAAACACAUCUCACAUAUUUGCUUCCCUUAACAUAAAGGAAACAAUUUAAAGUUGUCUCUUGCUACAUUCCUUACCCCUCUGACAGAUUCUACCGCUUAGACCUUCACAAAUGAAGUAAUAGUUUUCAAACAGGUAAAAUACAGUAACAUUUGUAGGGAAGGAGUGGGUCAAUAUUGCCACUACUUUUCAGAAGCAUUGUAGUAUCCUCACCCAGAUAUCACAAGCAACUUGCCUAUUUUUUUUUCAAAAACUGGGAGACGGUUGUCAACCCCAAAAUUAAUUCACACUACCUAGAUGAUGUACUUUUUGUAUACAUUUAAUGUAAGCUUUUUCUAGACUCAGGAAGUCAUGAUGCACAUCAACUUUGGUCUCCUUAGCAGAUAUAAUACACACAUUACAUGUCUGCUUCUUAUUCUCAGCUGAUUUACAGGUAUGCAUUCAAAGAAAUGAGGAAGCAUAUAGAAAUAGUGAUAUUCAAAAAAAAACAGGACAGGGCUGCCAGAUCUAUGAUUAUACCAACCAGUUUUAACAUAGUAAGAUGCUUUCUGGUAACAACUUUCAAAACUGCCAUCAUAAUAGUGUGUUAGUAAUAAUAGUUAGGAAUACUCUUCUCCUAUCAUUACGCCUGGCCAAAAGUAACUAGAGACUGAGGCAGCCAAUUAGACUGUGUCUUGAUUCAGAGGUUUUCCACUCCCCUCUCUCUCCCCAACCCACCUUCCCCAAAUGAGCACAUAGCAAAGUAAUGCUAGGAAUUAGCAGACACUCAGGAAUUACCAAUUACAGCUUUCUAAAAGUCUAACAUAAGAAAGGCUGGUUGGCAUUCUGCUAAUCCAAAUAAGUGAGCAGUAGCUAAAUGUUACUAGGUCCCUUGUGCACUGCUGUUUUCAUUCCAUAUAACCCUUGCUCUUUAUGCCAACCAAUUUGUUCCAUUUCUAUUAUACAUAUCACAGCAAGCCUUAAUAGAGCUUUCCUGCAAGAAAAUGAAAACAAGCUACUGUCAGCACAUUUAGUCACACAGGGAAGUUUUAGCCUAAACCUGAAACUUAAAACCAAUUCUUCAACCUUUUAAAGUAGAAACACUUUUGCUGUUGGUAUUUUUCACUUUGUCUACAGUCCAAAGGGGCUCUGCUCACUUAAGCACAGUCUUCUUGAUCGCUUCAGAAGGUGGUAUUGUCACAAUACUAGUCACCUACCAAUAGCAGGCUGCAAUGAAACAUUAUUGAUGAGCCCAGAUUGCUCUAAGGGCUAUAUCACAUGUAAAAAUUAUGUCAAGAAUACCAAAAAUAAACCUAUUCCAGCAAAUCAUGCUACCAGCUGACAGUGGGUUCAAAAGGGUUACAUUAUGCAUUAUUCAUUUCCCAUUGUGCAGCAAUAUUUCUAAAAGUUAAUUUUCUUUUAAAAAUCAUACCACCACUCUGGGCCCAAGUUUAAUGGUCAAGAGUUCAUGCAGUUGCGCAUGGGUUCUACUCCCGAACGCAGGUGAGGAUUUAAGAUUUUGGAACUAUUUAAAUGUAAUAUUUAAAGUUGUCAAUAUAACUUUAUUGAAUCUUUUAUAAAGGAGAUGACUUAAAGACCUACAUAUUUAGAAAUUCAUUGCCAGUACACAUGCACUGUAUACUGAAAGGCUGCUUUUUGUGUAGUUUGAAUAAUAUCACAUUAUACAUUUGUAGGGUACAUGACCCUCAGACAUGCAAAGAAAAACAAGUAAUAGCUGAAAGAGCCAGUAGUUAUACCACAGUACCCACCAUUCUGAAUCCAACUUCAUGUUCUAAGUUUUGGACUAGCUGAAGCUCUUCCAGUUUUAGAGCUUACAAGACUCAGAAAAGAACAUCUCAUCCACAAAUACAUACAGACUGGCAGAAUAUGUUUAAGUUGUUUGCCACGCAAAGUAUGUCCAUUAUUCAUUUGCUGAAGUGACAACCACCAUCAAGAAAGUCACCUUACAAAGACAAACUUCACAAAAUACAAGCAGAUACUGUCAAAUCUUUCCUCAAGAAAAAGGUCCUCCUUCAGUCAGCCUGACUCCUCUUCAAGAACAAGCAUAAAAGUGAACUAGCUGUGCUAAAUGCAGAGACAACAGCAUAUCUGAUUCUGACACUUAAUCUGAGAGUCCAAAACCAUAUGCAAAACUAUAAGAAACAGAGCAUGCAACUCCUAUAGCCCAAUCUAAGUUAGGAAGAGCUAGCUCCAGUUUCAUUAAAUUAACAAGACUGUCCUUCAAUAGCAGCACAUAUUGUGUACAAAAUAACUGUUGGUUGGGUCAAAGACUGAUGUACUUUCAGCCACCAAAUUUACACACUAGAAAAAGAGUGGCUUGUACACUAAAAAAUCCUAACCCUUUUCACACAUUUUUUGAAUGUCUACUUAUAGCUGUUCUAGUUACUACACAAACCUCUCAAGACUGAUAACUAAACUUUUGGAAGCAGAAUCUGGAUUUCUCAAUCUCAUGCACUAAAUGCUUUAUACACAUUUGGCACCAAUAAGCAAUUAUGACAAUUUAGUGGCAAUUCCUUUUUUAAAAAAUUAAACGGACAAUGGACAGUUUAUUUAAAAUAAACUUCAGUAAUGCAUUUUCUUUGUGCUCAGUGCUGCUUCAUUUUUAGUUAACUUUUUUCCAUACAGUUCCCACUCCAUAAGUAUAAGCAAAUAUCAAAUGCACAAGUGCAAGGUAAUUCUUACGGUAGUGAUUGAACGUUCUGCAUUAGUGCAAUAGAGCUGGAACUUCCUAACUCUACAUUAAAGAAUAAAACAGUUAUGCCAGAACAUUUCAUUCUGUGCUCCACAGUAGUUAUUCACUUUUAAAGGAUGCAGAAUAACAUCAAUCUGUAUUCUUGUUGCAGGGUAUGACAGGCAUCUGUUCUGUAAUAUUGCAUACAUUCGCUGAAAGUUAUAUGCUGGGAAGUGUGUUUUAGUGCUAUUUCAUUUCUUUGAAAGAUCUUCUGGAUUUAAAAAAAACCUCUCAAAGCAAAUACAUUCACAGCCUAAAAAUGCACUAAACACAAUAGAAAAAAAAAUCAGUGUAAUUACAUUUCAUUAAACGUUUACAUU